CACUCGGACCUCGAGUCGUUUCUCGAGGACGCGAAGCGGCGUGGGCUGGACGAGAAAUCGCCCCUGUUCACGGGCACGCGGUACGAGUACCUUGUGGCGGAGCGUCUGGCGCGGUACGGCUUCUCGCUGCGCAGGAUCGGGGGCGCGUCGGACUUUGGGGUCGAUCUUGUGGGCGAGUGGACGGUGCCGGCGACUACUACGGCGUUGUCGUCGUCGUCGUCGUCGGCAGCGUCGCGGGCCAUCCGGGUCUUGGUGCAGUGUAAAGCCGGGAUUCAGCGCGUAGGGCCGCACAUGAUCCGGGAGCUGGAGGGAUCGUUUGCCGGGGCGCCGGCCGGGUGGAGGGGGAACGGGGUGCUGGGACUGCUGGUGGCGGAGAGGACGGCGACAAAGGGCAUGAGGGAAGCUCUGGGCAGGGCGGACGUGCCGAUGGGGUAUUUCUGCUGCUCGGGGGACGGGGUGGUGAGGCAGAUGCUCUGGAACCAGAGGGCGGAGGACGAGGGGCUGGAGGGCGUUGGUGUUGCGUUGAAGAGAGGGGACGAGCGGGAUUCUGACGAGGUUGUUCUUGUGAAGAAUGGAGAGCCGCUGCCG